AAUGCUACUUGCUGCUCAGCGGAUGGAGGGAGAAAGACCCCUGGGCCAAGUGCACAGCUGGGCCCCCGGGAGCGGGAGGGCUCUCGGGACUGUGGUCACACCCAGACCCCAGAGCUGGGCCCGCUGCGCCGUCCGACCCCUCCUGGCAGGUGCCGUGUCCCCCUGCUCACGAGGUCUGGCUGCCAUGCACACAGAGCGGCAUCUCCCGACUCACGCCUGUUCCCGCAGGACUACGUGCUGGCCGUGGACGCGUACCGCGCGGUCAUCCAGUUCCACCCAGAGCAGGAGCCCCAGGUGCUGAGCUGCAUCGGCCGCAUCUUCCUGCAGAUUGGAGACAUAAAAACAGCUGAAAAGUACUUUCAAGACGUAGAGAAAGUAGCACAGAAAUUAGAUGGACUACAAGGCAAAACCAUGGUUUUGAUGAACAGAGCUUUCCUUCACCUCGGUCAGAAUAACUUCGCGGAAGCGCACAGGUUCUUCACGGAGAUCCUGAGGGUGGACCCGUCAAAUGCAGUGGUAAGACGCCCCGGGCAGAGGUGGCGCGUCUGCUGGUGUCGGGCACCCUCACAGGCUGGGAUGGCCUAG